AAACACACGUGCAGUUCGACUUUUAAAUUUUAAUUUAUUUUUAAAAUAAUAAAUGUUUAAUUAUUAUUUGAAAUAAAAAAUUAUUUGUAAAAGUCAUAAUGUCGAGCUCUUCUGACAGCGACUAUGACGUCGAGCAAUACGUAAAGCCAACACGCGUAAGGCGAACUGUAAAUGAUGACACCGCCGAUUUGUUAGGAAAUUUUGACGAUGAAAAACGUAAACAAAUAUGCGAUGGCACCUAUGAAGAAAAACAUUCUGAAGGUGAACAAUCAAUGUCUGAAGAUGAAGAUAAUGAGACAAUAGAUGAAAAUGCUGUAAAUAACAAAUCUACUAGUGAUAAUGAAGUGGAUUCUGCGACGGAUCCUAGUUCUAAACAGAAUGGUGGCUUGUCCAAAGAGCAGCUACAAUCAUUGCUACGUGGUGCCUCCAAAGUGAAUCGACACGUGCUCUAUGUAACGAAUUUAAAUUUUGAUACAACAAAAGAGGAUCUGGAAGCGUACUUUAGCACAGCAGGCACAGUUAAAUCAGUACGAAUACCAAAAAAACGACGCGGUGGGUUUGCAUUCGUGGAAAUGUUGGAUAUUGAAGGGUUCCAGCGUGGUUUCCAGUUGCACAACAGUGAAUUGCAUGGGCGAAAUAUAAAAGUGCAAAUAUCUGAAGGUGGAAAGAAGAAAUCAGCCAACAAGAAAAAUAUAAUUAAACAGAAAAAUCGUAAAUUGGCCGAAAUGCGUAAUGAGCAAAAAACUUUUACGAAGAGUGGUAAAUUCUAUGACAAGGAUCUGAAAAAAGAAAAGGCCAAGGAACUCUUAGCACGAAAACGUUGGCGUAAGAAGCCAAUGAAUGGAAGUGCGAAAACUUAAUACAA